AGCUUGGAAAAAGUAUUUGUAUUUUAUGCUCAUCAUAUCAAAAAUAAUGAUAAGCAACUCCGCUAAGUCUUCCUCAACCAAAAGAGAUAGGAAAACCGUAGAGAAAGAGCGAAGAAACACAUUGAAAAUUCUAUAUUCAGAACUUAACUCCCUUCUUCCUCGCAAUGAUGCCUCCUCUCCAAAGGCAAUUCCGGAUCAAAUAGAUGACGCCACAAACUUCAUCAAACAACUACAAACGAAUAUCGAAAAUUUGAAGCAAACCAAGGAUAGAAGAGUAUCAAGUAGUAGAACAAGUUAUUAUUCGAAGAAUUCGCCAGUCCAAAUUGAAGUGAGAGUAAAUGGAAGCGCCCUUGUGGUGACUUUGGUUACGGGGUUGGAGUGCCAGUUUGUUUUCACUGAGGCAAUUCGAAUUUUUCAUGAAGAAAAUGCUGAAGUUGUUAAUGCUAAUUACUGUGUUACCGGAAAUAUUGUCCUUCAUACUAUUCAUGCACAGAUUGGUGAGGCUGCGACAACGGAUACUGUUGCAAGGAUUACUGAGAGGUUGAAGAAAUUUGAGCUUUGACUAAUGUACUUAAGCUUUGAUUGAAGGAAGAUUAUUUGUUUAGGAAGCUUAAAUUAAGGACAUAAGCUGUACGGGAGCAUCGUUGACUAGCGUUAAUCUUGUGUUAUUGUUAUGAUUGUAAUAUACUUAUGUCUUUACAAUAUGUAUUGAACUGUCUAAUACAUUAUUCGAAUUAAUUUGU